AAAGGACACAUCACGAGACUCCUUUGUUCGCUCGGUGCGCCUCGAUUCCGUCGUUGGAGAGCGGGAGGGUUUGAAGGGAAAGCGGGCAUGUCUAGGGUUUUGGGGGGAUGUCGGGUGCUCAUGGCGGCGGCGAGGGCGGGCACGAAGGAGGUUGCGGCCGCUCCUGCGGCGGCGGCGUCGAAGCCAAAGUUGGGCUUGCUGAAGCCGCGCCCCGUUUCCCCGGCGAUGAAGAAGUUCCUUGGCGUCCCAGAGAUCUCCCGCGUCGAGGCCGUCAAGAAGAUCUGGGAGCACAUCAAGGCCAACCAGCUUCAGAACCCAACAAAUAAGAGGGAGAUUUGCUGCGAUGAGAAACUGAAGGGUAUCUUUGAUGGUAGAGACAAAGUUGGCAUGAUGGAAAUUGCCAAAUUGCUCACUCCUCAUUUUCCCAAAUCUAACUGAACCAAGGGUUGGAAGGAACGUUUUGCCUAUGCUUUCUGUGAUCUGCUCUUAGUUCCUUGUAAGCUGCUAUAAUUCUUCGGAAUUAUACUGUGAUCAGUAUCUAGUUUAAGGCAAAUACUAUUUCUGCUCGAAACAUGCUGUUUUGGACCUUCAGAUGUGCUCUAUUUUCAAAACUUUCCUGCAGCACUGAAAGUUCUUCAACUUUAGAAAUU